CGAGUGCUCACUUGCGGUGGGACGGCACUGUGGGCUGGGUUUUGGACUGCAUCGACAAACUCUCUCUGCCAAAGCGUCCACCUGUAGCAGUCCUUCCUCUUGGCACAGGGAAUGAUCUGGCUCGGUGUCUGCACUGGGGUGGUGGUUAUGAGGGCGGCAGCCUGCGCAAGACCCUGAAGGACGUGGAGAACAGCACUCCGCUCAUGCUGGACCGCUGGAGUAUCGAGGUCGUUGCCACGGAUCUCGACGAAAAGGGCGACCCUGUACCUUACUCCAUCAUCAACAACUACUUCUCCAUCGGCGUGGAUGCCUCAAUAGCUCACAGAUUUCACCUGAUGAGAGAGAAGCACCCAGAGAAAUUCAACAGCCGGAUGAAGAACAAGCUGUGGUACUUUGAAUUUGGGACAUCAGAGACGCUGUUUGCUACCUGCAAGAAGCUCUACGAGUUCAUGGAGGUGGAGUGUGACGGCGUGCAGCUGGAUCUGGCCAACAGUUCUCUGGAGGGCAUCACAGUGCUGAACAUUCCGAGCAUGCACGGCGGCUCCAACCUCUGGGGGGAGACCAACACUCGACGGGUCAGCCGACGCAGCAGCAUGCGGAGGAGUGGCCGAGAGAAGGUUCAAGCCACCAUUGCCGACCAGCGCGAACUCAAGUUCUGCCAGCAAGACCUCAGUGACCAUCUGCUGGAGGUGGUUGGGCUGGAUGGAGCUAUGGAAAUGGGCCAGAUCUACACGGGGCUGAAGAGUGCAGGUUCCCGCUUGGCCCAGUGUUCCUCCGUGACCAUCAG